AGUAGGCCUAAAAUGUUAUAGUGUCUAAAAACAAUAUUCAGUUAAUGGAAUUACACUUUUUUCCAUUACUGCUUGCUUGAUAUUGCCCUAACAACUUUUUCAUGAAUCAAUUUUGAGCAUUAUGUUUACAACGUAGUUAUUAUAGCACGAAAUAUGAGUCUAAAAUGCCAAAUACUUGCAACUAUUAUGUUAAUCACUGAAAUCUUAGUGUACUUAUUGCUCGCUAUAAGCUAGGUUAAUGCGCCCCUAAACCAACGCACUGACAACGCUACCUCCCCGGAACUCAAACUUUAACUGAACAGUGAUCACGGGCUGUGGGAAUUGCGAAGGGAUGGUGUAGAGUAUCGCCACAACAAUGUUGAUAUGAUCACUCGUCGUUUCAGCGGGCAUGACUUGGUACAUCCAGUGACCCAGCAAAAGUAGCCUCGGUACAGCCAGAAGUAGCAACAACUCGCAAAAGGGGAUCCUUGUCUGACUGGUGGCUGGACCACAUGUUUUGAAUUCCCUGGAACAACUCUGAAAACAUGGCAGGUAUUGAAGACGAUGAAAGUGCAUCUGACAUUGAGAUGACAGACAUUAACAAAGGGACACUUAACAAUGAACGUACAAACUUUGAUGUCCAAAUAAAAGAUGACCAACCUAACAUGCAGUCGUCCCGCAAAUGUUGCAGAUGCUGUGACUGUAAGAACUGCAUGCAGAGGUGUUACCAUUGUUGCAUGCCAUGCAUGACAAAGGAGAACCCUCUGCCAGACAAUGCCACACGCUGCGAUAGAAUCAAAUAUGGUUUCCUGUGCCCACCUCAUGGCAAGCUCGCCAAACUGAUGACAUUGGUAUUAGCUGUCCUGCUUAUGUAUGGAACUCUUUGGGCGAUAACAGGAAAGCAGGCACUCCCUGGAGGAAACUUCUUCGGCUUACUUGUGAUGCUUGUGUUGUGCCUGAUAGGUGGUGCUCUGGUGGAAAAAAUACGUCUGCCACCUCUGUUAGGAAUGUUGGUUGUUGGCUUCUUACUGCAGAAUGUUCCAGUCGUUAACGUUGGCAAGGAUAUCACCCCAGGUUGGUCAUCUGCCCUCAGGAAUAUAGCUCUGGUUGUGAUCCUCACACGAGCAGGUUUAGGACUGAAUCCAAUCGUCCUGAGGAAACUCUCCUUGGUCGUCCUGCGACUUGCAUUCACACCAUGUCUUGUUGAAGCAGUUGUGGUUGCCAUUGCCUCACAUCUACUGCUUGGUUUUCCCUGGCCAUAUGGUUUUAUGUUGGGAUUUGUGUUAGCUGCAGUUAGUCCUGCCGUUAUUGUUCCAUCCAUGUUAUCACUGGAAGAGAAGGGGUAUGGAACCGACAAGGGUGUACCCACACUUGUCAUAGCUGCAGCAAGUGUUGAUGAUGUACUGGCCAUCAGUGCUUUUGGAAUUGUACUUGGCAUUGCUUUCUCUAACAGUGAUUUGGCAGUAACCAUAGUGCGUGGUCCGUUGGAAGCUCUCCUUGGUGUUGUGUAUGGAAUACUGUUUGGCCUCCUGGCAUGGUACUUUCCACACAGUAGGCAUAAAAAUGUAGUUCUAUUCCGGUGCAUAAUUAUCCUUGCUGGUGGUCUGUUUGCGGUGUUUGGCAGCAUUGCCGCUGAGGUUCCAGGUGCUGGGGCGUUAGGGAGUCUGACCAUCGCAUUUGUGGCUGCCAUCGGGUGGAGGAAGAGGGACAAAUGGGAGGAUGUGAAUCCUGUAACAGAAAUCAUGGCUUCACUAUGGGUGAUCUUCCAACCAUUACUCUUCGGCCUGAUUGGCAAUGAAAUCGUGAUAUCACAACUUGAUGGCUCCACUGUAGGUCUUGGUGUUGCAGUUCUCUGUAUUGGGCUCGUGUUUCGAGUGGUUGCCUCGUUCUUGGUUGUGUUCAGGACCAACCUUACCUGGAGAGAGCGCUUCUUCAUCCCCAUUGCCUGGCUGCCGAAGGCAACAGUUCAGGCUGCUAUUGGUCCUAUAGCUCUUGAUACAGCCAGACAGCUAGGGGGCACACCAGAAGAGAUAACCUUGGGAUUAAAGAUUUUAACUAUAGCUGUGCUGGUGAUAAUGAUCACAGCUCCAGUAGGCUCGGCUCUGAUUGCUCUCACCGGUCCAAAGUUACUCAAGAAAAGUGUUAAAGGCAGAGAGGGCAGUCAAAAUGGGGAGGCGACUUUAGGGGAAGUGGAGGAGGAAGCCCCGGGGGAAGUGGGGGAGAGGUUGAUAGAUGGGGAGGCUAGGCCAAAAAGGUUUUCAUUUGAUAAAGACGAAGGUGACUAGUCACCUUUACAAACCCUUUUUUGAACUUUUUUACCAAUAAAGUGUUUACUUAUUGUUGUACAGAUGAUCCUGACAAGGUAACUGUAGUUUUGGAUUGUUUAGAUAUAGUAUGUUCGACUUGGAGUAUAAUGGCUCACCUGUGAUUUAGUCUUAAUACUGUGUACAAUAUAUAUGUAUAAAUCGUUACAUUUUUCCAAUAAAAAUCGA